AUGUGGUCCGAGUUCUCUUUCUCUUGGAACAGCAGCAUCGUCACCAUACGCAGUUUCUCCGGGGGAGAAAGGAACGCGCCACCCUUGGCUACUGGGGUGUCCCUGUUGCCGCCUGCGCCACCCGUCUGGAUGAAUCGAGGGGCGAGCAGCAGUCCAGGAAGCGCCGUGCAGCUCCCCUCCAUCCUGUAUGCCCUGUACGCUCUAAGCUCUUCCCUUCGGACUCUCCCAGAGAGCCACUUUGGAGGGCUGCCCCUCGCCAAGCCUCAAACAGGAACGCAGCCCCGCGUGAGCAGUAACAAUUCAAUUCUACCUCACAGGCAGGGCGAGCACAGAAUGCCCAGCGGCCCCGGGAAAGGCAUGCUGUGGUCGGCGAGCUACUCCUGUAAGCACCAAACGUCAAGCAAUGGGGACGACGCCAAGGCAGACAUCCAGACAGAUAGCGACGAACAAGAGGACGGCGGAGAGGGGCCACGACGGAGAUCAGAAGCCUUUCGAUUUAGAACCUUGCUUGGCCCUGGCCCUGGUGCUACGCGCUUCAACUCGACACACAGUGACAGCGAAGGGGACUCUGUAGCGCUCGGCAGGUUGCAGCGGGGCAAACGUCGGGCACACGAGCGAGCUCUGACAAGUGACAAGUUUGUUGCGCUCUGGCAGGUAUCCCACGGUAGCGUCGUAGUUGGUUUUCUUGCCUCUCGGCGGACCCCGAGAGAUCCUAUUUCCAGCAGCACCAGCAGCGCAGCGCGCUCAAGUUUCUUCGUCCUUGUCUCUAUUAGGGCCUCGUUCGUGCUGUCCUGCAUACCCGGCGUUCCAGUCGAUGUGGGUAUCCUCGCUGCUGCACAGAAUACGGAACAGCACUUGCAGCUCCCCUCUGAGAACACCGAUUGA